ACAAUAUUUUUUUCAUCCCACCACCUCGGAAAGUGUAAUUUUGCGCUUCGAAAUCUGGCUGGAAAAUUCUAUUUUAUUCGCUUGAGCGGCAAAGUAGAUUUGAAUUUAGAACAUCACAUAUAAUGAGUACUCAAUAUAAUUGUAAAUUCAAAACGUCAUUAAACCUAUUUAAUGUAACCUCUAUGAUGCCAAAUUUAUGAUUAGAACUUUUUAAAUUGUGAAAAAAUUUAAAUUUGGAACCUUCUUGGUUUCUUUGUUUUAUUUGCGUGCUUCGCGCCAUUCUAGUUUUUCACGUUUUAUUGCUUAAAUAUUUUGUCAUUAUAAAUUGUUUUCUUUUUCAUUUUGUCAUUUCCUCGCUGAGGUGGGAUGAAAAGUUACGUAUUGCACUCGAGUGGAAAGAUUUUUCACCUUGUGCUCGUUUGUUUCCCUCGCUGACGCUCAGGAUUCUAAUUUAGAAUCACUCGCUGCGCUCGUGAUUCAACUUUAGAAUCCUUCGCUUGCUCGGUCAUCCAAAUCGAGCACGCGGUUAAAAAGGAACUUUCCACUCUUGUAUAAUAAAUAACUAUUCAUUAACGUAUUUAGUAUAUUUUAUACCUUAACAGAAAUUAUGAUUGUACCUAAACGCACAGUUAGGUACAGAUUUUAGUCAAUUUUACGAAAACUCAAACAUUUCAUCACGUUUAGUCAGUAUUAAGUGUAACCCUACUUGAGUGUUUAUCCGUUAACCAACGAAUUGUAAAUAUGAAAGAUAAGAAUGCAACGAAAUCUAAAGGUGAAUAUUUUGCGAUUGAAAAUUAACAAAUAGGUAAAAAGAUGAUUUUCGCUAGCUGAAAUUGGCAUGUGCUAUCAUUAAGAACUGAAUCUUAUUAAUAACUAGAGGUCGCCCGCGACUUCGUCUGCGUUAACUAAGUUUCUUGGAAAUCCCUCUGGAACCUAACAUUUUUUUCGGGAUAAAAGUAGCCUAUGUGUUAUUCUGAUCUAUAAGCUACAUUACUGUAAAGUUUCAUUAAAAUCCGUUUAGUAGUUUUUGCGUGAAAGAGGAACAAACAUCCAUCCAUACAUCCAUCCAAACAAACUUUCGCCUUUAUAAUAUUAGUAAGGAGUAAGGAUUAUAUACGAUCAUACAAAUAGAAAGCAAUGACUUCUGUUAGCUGCAAAAAUUAAUAAUUGAGAUUUGGAAGAUGUCCAUGGAGAGCAGUACAGAAUCCGUUGAAAACCAUCGCUGUCCGUUGUGGGAGCGGCUGGGGUGCGCGCGCGGCGUCUGCGUGAGGCUGUGCAGGCGGAGGUUCCGAAGGAGGGUGGCCCCGGAGCACAACGCCAAUGGAAAAUCAGCUACAAGGAGUCGAGAGUCACGUCGUCGCAUCAACCAUCCACCUGCAGCCCUGUACAGCGCUCUAGGAGAGAAAUUCCGCACCAGCACCCCCUCUGCGCUGCAAUGCGCGCUGUUCUGUGGCGGCGCGCGUUGCCAGUACGAACGACCUCAGCCGCGUGCUGCUAUUCAGGGAUUGUAUUCUGAUUGGAUCACGGACGACAUUCUGGCGAUGGCGCGGCCUAGCACCGCCGGUAUCGCGGCGAGAAACAUCAUACAACAGUUUCAUAGUUGGGGUAUUCGCACUGUGAUCAACCUGCAGACUCCGGGCGAGCAUGCCAGCUGCGGCCCGCCUCUCACGCGCUCCGGGUUCACCUACGAUCCGGCUGUCUUCAUGUCCAACGAUAUAUACUACUAUAAUUUCGCAUGGCCCGACUACGGCGAGGCCAGUCUUUGCGGUAUGCUGGACAUGGCGAAAGUGUUAUCAUUUGCCUUACAAGAAGGAAGAGUCGCUAUACAUUGUCAUGCGGGUCUCGGCAGAACCGGUGUGUUGAUAGCAUGUUACCUGGUAUACUCUCUACGGGUACGAGCCAACGAUGCAAUCAGAUUAGUACGCAAGAAACGACCCGGAUCCAUACAGACCUCAGGACAAAUAUUGUGCGUGCAACAGUUUGAACACUAUCUCCUGCCGCAGACGGUCGUCUUCAGUUCAAAGGAACCACUACUACUGACGAAAGAUAAGAAGACGGCAGAAUUCACGAUAAAACAAUAUUUGUACAGACAACGAGCUACACUUCACGGGCUAGACGAGAGGGCAUUUAAAGUAUUACCUAUGGUCGUGUACAGUAUAUGCGAACGCUUACUAAAGCUUUGUGGCAGCCAUCAGAGUGUAGGUCUCGACUUCAGAGUGCGAAACAGGCCAUUCUACAAAAGCUUCCUAGCAUACAGACUCAAACAGAGCAAACCACCAGACCCGGAGACGCCUGAGGAUGGACCUAUAGAACAAUCGUGCAUGUUGCCGAUGGUGGAAUGGCGCGACCCCGUGGAAGAGGACAUCGAACGCAACCUCGAGUCCGUGAGCAGAAUCACCGGAACUACUAGUAACGGCGUUAUACCCGCGCUUAGAGUACAUGAGGCAUUUAUUGUAGAUCACAAAAGUCUUCCAGAUGAGCGACAGAAAUAUCUCAAAGAACUGAGAACGGAGAUCAAUCAAAGGAAGGAAGCCAUUAACAAGAUAAAUGAAGAGGAGGAUCCAGCAAUACUGUCCGGACUGCUAUUCGAAUGGCUGGAAGGUUUAAAGCAGCCCGUCUUGGACAGAGAGGAUCUGUCUAUCAUUGUGGGUCGAACACACAAUGUGGAAGCAUGCAUAAUGUCUUUGCAAAUGGAGGACAUCAUGCUAAUGGAAUACCUGCUCCGCUUCGUCACGCGUCUCCGACCACUAGCUGCUGCCAAAAAAGUGGACAUUAUAAAGCGUCUACUCGCCUCGCUCACCCACCAGAGUGUGAUGAUCAACGGUCGAUGUCUUCCAACGCACAAGGACUUCCCUCGACUAAGGGACGGCACCUGCACUCAAGUCACCAACUUCAUGCUGCGAAUGAUUGUGGAGAUUCAAAGAGAUAUGCUGAGGAAUGGAAAGGACGAUUCUGACGUCGUAGUUCCGCAUAGGAGGUUCAAAAUAAAAGCAUGGAAAUGAUUAUGCCAGUUUUAUUUCAACUAUUUUUUGGAUAGCCAAACCAAACAACAAAAUUUGCACGAAAAAUCAAUCAUUGCUUUGUGCACUAAUUGAUUAUAUCAUACGAAGUACGGCUGUGCCCAAAGACUUCAAGAAAAUUAAGUAUACAAUACUUAAAGAUUUUUCUAUCACUUUCUUUGCUUUAAUAUAAUAAUAGAGCAAGACGAAAUUUUGUUUGAGAUCUCUGAGUAUGGACGUCAUCACAUAUAAAGUAAGCUUUCGUAGAAACGUACAGAAGUAAAGCAUUAAAAUUAUAUUGAUAGACACCUAUCCUUUUUUAGGGAUACGUCCAUGCAAAGAGUAACAUAAGUAUAUGCGUCCAUGCCAG